GUACUGUGUCACCAUGGUCCUACCAUUCUCACUGCGCAUGCACGGCUCAGGGAGCGCGCAGCGAUCGUCGGUGCGAUGUGUCCCUCGGACACAGCGGAUCACAGAAAGAGCCGAAGAUCUGUGUCCAAUCACAGCUGAUCACAUGAAGUGCCACCUGUCAGUGCUCAUCAGUGCCACUUGCCAGUGCCCAUCAGUGCCACGUGCCAGUGCCCAUCAGUUGCACAUCAAUGCCACAUAUCAGUGCAUACCAGUGCACAUCAAUGCCACAUAUCAGUGCCCAUCUGAGCUGCCUUUCAAUGUCACCCAUCAGUGCCAGUCAGUGCCACCUAUCAAUGCCAAUCAGUGCCACCUAUCAGUGCUGCCAAUCAGU